AAGUCUCGCAAUAAAGAUAGGUCAAUCAAGACAGGCCAGCUUACGAAUGCUGUACACAGCACUUGGAAACUAUGAAAUUGGAAAGGCGGUACCAAUAAUAACUGUUGUUUUAUGAAAAAAAAUAUUCAUCUGUGCCUUAAAUCAACAAUUGCAAAGACAAGAGCUUUUAUACGUUAACUUAUCAGGAGUUAAGUUACAAGUGAAGAGUUUACGGAGUUUUGAAUAAACCUCAAAAUGGUGGUUACGUCUGCACUCCGUCUGAGUCGGGCGGUCUUAUCAUUGAACACUUCGGGAGUUACGGCGGGUUUUCUCAGCAGAGAGGUUUCCUUUUAUGGCCUGGCUUCAUGUAUUUUGUCCCAGAAUAAUUUUUCAACCAGAACAGCCUUAUAUAAAAAUGAUGUCAAUGUAGUGUAUGAGCAUGGUUUACCUGUGAUAUCAGUUCCAAUGCCAUCCAGACAAGAGUUGUGCCGCUUCCCUCUGAAGCCAGUGAGCAGUACAGUAGGAGACUUCAUUGAUGCUGUACAGGAGGAGGAUGGGGGGAUUGACAGGGCAGCACUGUAUACCUCAGAUGGAACAAGGAUAGCCAGGGCAACCACUAUUGAUGUCUUGAUGAGGUCACCCUUUAAGUUAAUGAUAAAUGAUUUGACCUAUGAAGUAGAACCACCAGAAUUAAGUGAUAUUCCAAGUGAAGAUCUUACUAAACUAGCCGAUGCCAAACACCUUAUAGCACAACUUUACUCUACUCUGAACAUACAAGACUACCAAGUACAAAAAGAAAAAGAACUACUGCAGAAAUUGGAAGAUUUGAAAACAGAGAUACAGCCUCUAGAAAAUAUGAAGCUUGAAAUAAUGGCCAGAGCUGAGAGUCAGACUAACCGAAUGAGUUGGGGUUUACUGAUGUAUAUGGGGCUUCAGUUUGGGUUUCUGGCCAGGCUGACUUGGUGGGAGUAUUCCUGGGACAUCAUUGAACCUGUCACAUAUUUUGUCACCUAUGGCACAGCUAUAGUCUUCUAUGCAUAUUAUGUUGCUACAAAACAGGAAUAUAAUGUAGGAGAAAUGUACAAUAGGCAGAGGUUGCUUUCAUUUCACAAGGAUGCAGGGAAGAAACAGUUUGAUGUGGAAAAGUAUAACAAACUACGUAAAGCCAUUUUACAGGCAGAAUUGGACAUUGAAAGGUUACGAGAUCCUCUCCAGUUACAGUUACCUAUUCCAACAUUGGAAGCUAAAAGGGAAGAGUGAAGCUUGAUGUCCUCAGCCUUACCUCUAGUUCUAGGUCAGCUUCUGUUUUUAGAUGCAGGGUUGAACCAUAAAGCACCACGUUUUUUAUUCUAAAGGUUUGUAUAAAAUUUUGCAAAUGAAAACAUUGGCACUUAUAAAUGAAACUGGCUGUAUAUGUUACACAGAAUAAAAGGAUAAUUUGUACCUGUUAAAUGUUUCAUCUGUUUUGGAAAGAAUUGUCAUUUUUAUUGAGGUAUUUUCACUUUCUUGUAUAUAAAUUCAGACAAUAUUA